CUCGAAAUCUUUUCGUUUCCAUUUCUUUCUUGAAAUCAAUGGCGGAAGAGGAAGCAACGGCGUCCGAGUCCUCUGUGACGAUGGCUGAGCAGGCCGCGGCGACGGAGGGGACUGCGCCGCUUAAAGCUCAAACUUCGAUCGAGGCCACUAUCCAAUCGUACGCUCUGGGAGGCGCGGAGUCCACUUGCAACAACAACGAGAACGAGGUCAAGAACGGCGGAGGAGUGACAUCCGCGGUGACUUCCGAUGGAGGCGAGGAGGAGAAGUCACUUGAAUUCGCGGCGGAGUUGGCGGAGAGAGGAGCUAAGGCUCUAAAGGAAAAUGACUUCGAGGAGGCCGUCGAGUGCUUCAGCCGCGCCCUGGAAAUCAGGGUUGGGCAUUUUGGUGAACUUGCUCCUGAAUGCAUCACUGCAUACUACGACUAUGGCCGCGCUCUCUUGUGUAAGGCUCAAGAGGAGGCUGACCCAUUGGGUUCAGUACCGAAGAAGGACAGUGAAUCUAAGCAGCCAUCUGGUAAAGAUGCAUCUGUUAAGAUUGCAGCUAAUGGAGAAUCUUCUUCAGCAUCAAGCAAGAUUCAAGAGGAUGGGAGCUCCAGUCAUCAAAACGAAGCUACGAACGAACCAUCAGGUGAUAAAGAACAGGAAGAUGAUGGGGAGGAAAGUGAUGCCGAUGAAUUGGCUGAAGCUGAAGGAGAUGAGGAGGAUGAGUCUGAUCUUGAUUUGUCCUGGAAAAUGCUGGAUCUUGCGAGGGCAAUUGCUGAUAAGAAUUCUGGUGAUACCAUGGAUAAAGUGGAUGUACUAUCAGCUCUAGCUGAAGUUGCCUUGGAGAGAGAGGACAUUGAAACAUCUCUGAGUGACUACCAGGCUGCUUUAUCCAUCUUAGAGCGGCUCGUUGAACCUGACAGUAGGCUUAUAGCUGAACUAAACUUCCGGAUCUGUUUAUGUCUGGAAACUGGCUCUAGGGCAGAGGAAGCAGUCCCGUACUGCGAGAAAGCUAUUUCAGUAUGCAAGUCACGUAUACAGCGUCUCGUUGCUGAAACAAAGAGCUCUUCAGAGUCAGCAGCAACAUCAGCUGUUUCAGAAAUGGAUGAGGGUGUCCAGCAGUCAUCUACUGGACCUCUGCCUGACAUAUCUGUAUCAGACAAAGAAGCAGAGAUCGAAACACUUACUGGUCUAUCUGUGGAACUAGAAAAGAAGCUCGAAGAUCUCCAGCAGCUCGCCGUGAACCCAAAGUCGAUUCUUCAAGAGAUCCUGGGAAUGGCAGCAGCCAGGGCUAGAGGCGAUGAUCAGAAGACCGCUUCCCCGGGUCUAGUGAGCUCUUCUUCCCGGAUGGCUACGAAUAGGAAUGCUGGUGAGUCGGAGUCCCCUACAGUUUCGACAGGUCAUACGAAUGGAAAUGGCGGUGUCACCCACCUGGGUGUUGUCGGGAGAGGAGUGAAGCGCGUGCUGAUGGCCCCCAUCAGUCCAGCAAAGAAGCCCGCUGUGGAGUCCUCGACGGACAGAGCCGAGGAAGACGAUGGCAAAGCUUCCUGAACGUCGGUUUGAAUCGCGAUCAAUUGGACUGUUUUUAACUAAUGGAUUUUUCGCUAUAGAUACGGACAUGGAAAUGGAUAUUUGGGAGGGAAAGGAGGAAGUAGUGGUGAUGUCAAGAGGAUGGUUCUAAUGAGUGCGGCUACAUUGUGUUUCUGUUCAUGUUGCGAGAAUUUAGUUUUACUUCACCAUAUAUGAUGUGUAGUAGUAGGUUUGUGUUUGCUGAAACUAAUCGUCUUUUGUUAGGCAUCCUGAUGAGAUCCUUAAAUGCUGGAUUACGUUCUUAUUGGAGACAUAAACAGAUCUCUCCCGACGUGAACAAAAUAGCCUCCUCGAAUAUCGAAUACUAAUGUGCGGAUAGUUGUGAUAAGGCGUAUUCGCCCCGCCCCGCCCCGUCAGAUACUUGAUACAUGUUUGGCUGGGUAUGGGUAAAAUAUAUCGAACUUGAAUAAAAACAAGUGAUGGAUUGG